AGAAUUUUGCAAUUCUUUAGUUAGUAACUUUGCAACUUCAAAACGCAAACAUGAACACCUCAGCUACCGUCUUGGUAUUCUGCGCCCUUGCAGUCACUCUCGUUUUGGGACAUCACCCGAAGCCGAUGUUCGCGGCCGCAGCUGAAAAAUGUAUCGAGAAAACCGGUGUCGAUCUAGAUGCUUUGAAAACUCUGCACGAAACGGGCGGAGUUAAUGCUGAUGAGAAACUUAAAUGUUUCGGUGCCUGCAUCAUGAAAGGUCUUGGAGUGAUGGCGGAGGACGGCACUGUUGAUGUAGAAGCCGCAAAAGAACUUGUUCCAAGUGACGUUCCAGAUCGCGAUAAGAUUGUGGCAGUAAUCGAAGCAUGUCACCAUGAGAAGGGAGCGAAUGAAUGCGAAACAGCUCACGCCAUUGGCAUGUGUAUGCACAAGAACCAUAUGAAUGACAUGCAGAACUAAAUGGAAUGCACACGGUAACCUAUAAGAGCCCAUGGAAUAUUCUGAAUAUACAAUGAUAGAAUACUUUUGUGGAAAACACUCCGUUCUGAAGUCAAAUACUUUUCGGCAUGUAAAUAACGUAGAAAGUAGAUCUAAUAAAAUUCUUCAUCCAUGAGCAA